ACUCUGGACUUGUGGCUCUUGGCUGCUGCUUGGUGCUGGCUCUUUCUUCUGACUCUGAGGGGAUGCAGGACAAAGUUUCCCAGUUAUGUGGUCGCAUCAUACUAUUAUUUAAAUUACAUAACGUUAUGUUUUACGCCACAAUGACACACAGUUAAUUGAUUUGAUAAUUAACUUGAACGGUGGUUUGCAAAGUUCACCAAAGUCCGUAUCCGUUUCCUCGACAUAGAGAAACAACAACAAAAAAGACAGAUUCUCAAUAUGAACUUGACUAAACUUUUGCCUAAAAAAACAACUGUGUUUUUCAUUCUUGGAUACAAUGCUAUAUGAACUUUCUCAUUUAUGGGCAUGAAAGUAAUGUUCAGAGACAGACUUAUAAAAAUGUGAACCUAUCCUUUGUCUCAAGAUGGCCUAUUAUUACAUUACAUUUUUACAGAAUAAGAAUAUUUACAAGAAAAACUUACUGUGAAAACUAUUUGGAUUUAAAACAUGAAAGUUUAGUUUUAUUAGGGUAAAUGUUAUCUCAUUGUUCCAUUUUUUAUUUGCUUUAACCCAACUUUGGCAGGUUACACAGACUCAUUUAAGGCACAGUUAAGUGGGUAAUUAUGAAAAACUACUGCUGUGCCAAGUUCAGGUCUUGAUUUGUCACGUGAAGAUCUUAAACCAAACCCUCCUUAUUGGAACAAACAGAUGUGCAGCGAAAAAUAAGGAUCAUCUUUAAGUUAAAUAUGUGCAUGAAAAAUAGAUGAAAAAGGCAGAUAUUUCUCAGUCUUCCAAAUCUGUUUGACUUAGAUUAAUUAAAAGAUGUCAAUUAAUUAAAAAAUAAAAAUAAAUCUGUUUUUUCCCCACCAGGGUUGAUUAAAGACCAGCUGGAGCUGAAACAUGGACAGUGAAGUGGAAACGAUAAGCGACAGUCCUCUGAGCCCGAGGCACCUGACCGGGUUGGGGAUGAACUGUCUGCUCUCCCCAAAGUACCGCCACUCAGGGCCGGGCCUGGCCAGUCCUCAGGAGUACAACCAGUGGCUGCCUUAUCGCCACGACGCCAGCCUGCUGCCCAUGAAGGAGGACCUGGCCUUCUGGCUCAACACUAUGAUGGGUGUGGAACUCACAGCAGACAGUCUGAUGGAAAGGUUGGAUACCGGUGUUCUGCUCUGUCAGCUGGCACAGCUGCUUCAGGAGAAAAUGCUUCACGCCAACAACGGCAAGCCUUUCAUAAGAAGAGUGAUCCACUGGCGAGCCGAUGCGACUUCUGGAUCAUUUUUCGCCCGAGACAACACAGCCAACUUCCUGUACUGGUGUCGAAAGAUCGGCGUUGAUGAGGCUUAUCUCUUUGAGUCUGAGGAUUUGGUCCUCCACAAGCAGCCUCGGGAGGUGUGUCUGUGCCUGAUGGAGCUGGGUCGGAUUGCCGCCAGGUAUGGAGUGGAGCCACCGGGGCUGGUGAAGUUAGAGAGGGAGAUAGAGAGGGAGGAGGCGGGCUGCUUAUCUCCAUCAUCUCCCCUCUCCUUUUUUCCUCCCACAUCAUUGUAUUCACCAUCACUACCGUCGCUGCCCCCGGCCCCGUCUCCCCCGACUCCGAGCGCAGCCUGCCUGUCUGAACCCCUCGCCACCUCCCUCGCCUCUGAUCUUCCAUCAGCCACAACAAACCCGGUGCCUACAUGUUUAUCCCCUCCUCAGUGCUCGCUCUCAGCCUCUAACCCCUGUACAACCACAGUCUCAACACAAACGCCUUUGUUCUCCUUGUCCUGCACCACAAGCACAUCUGCAUCGACGCUGCCGCUGUCGGUGCCUUCGAUGGGCCAAACCCCGCCUUCCAAACUCUGCCCUCCCACAGUGAACAGCCACACUCCGGCUGCAGCUACCCCACCUCCCAUCACCUCCCCACCUGCAGCACAGACCCCACGGUCAUCAAACAAAUCCUCGAGCCGGAGGAGCCCAGGCACCAGCAACAUUUUGGAUGAUAUUGUGAGAAACAUCAUUGAAAACCCUCCUUGCAGCUGCCCCACCAAGUUCCUCGUUGAGAAGCAACCUAAAGGCUGCUACCGUGUCGGGGAUAAAGUUCUGUAUUUUCGGAUGCUGAAUGAGCGUCAUGUGAUGGUGCGUGUGGGUGGAGGAUGGGAGACCUUUCUAAGUUACCUACAGAAACACGACCCCUGCAGAGGAGGAGGAGGAGGAGGAGGGCUGGGAGGCAGAUCUGAGGUCAGGGUCUGUCGGGACAAAGCCAAGCCAAGCAGCCUGAACAUCUCAUCUGACAGCUACAUGGUGGUCGGCGCCCAUUAUCGUGGUAAGAAGUAGGCCUCCGCUCUCCAACUGCUCCUGGCUGCAGGCGAAAAGUGUGAACACUCGUUUAAACCGCUGAAACCAUACAAGGUCAAUGAUUUAAAAUAUAGCUAGAAUCUCUUUUACCUCACGUUUAAAAGGAAACCCAAAGUUUGCUGUUGAAAAGCUGUGGCUAUGACUGUUCUUACCCGACUCACUGUGAUGAUUGGGCAGCAAAGCUAUCAAAAAAAAAAGUGUCUAUGCAAUAAUUAGUCAGUUUUAACAAUCGGUUAAUCAUCUCAGUCACAUUUCAUGAAAAACAUUUCCUGGUUCCAGCAGUUCAGUGAGAGGAUUUGCAGUUUUUCUUUGUUAUAUUUGGUAGCAAACUGGAAUAUCUCUGAUUGUUGACUGACUAAAACAAGAAACCUGAAGCUGCUUGGAACACCAGUUGUUAGUGUAAACAUUCAUAUCAUGAUGCAAUUAUCAUCAGAUAUCCUUUCAGGUGAGCUUUUGUAUAAUAUUCUAUGCAAUAAUGUAGAUGGAGCUAAAUUAUCUACUCUGAUUUGUACUUUUUUAGUGCCAUUAUUAAACAUACUGCUUUGUGUUUAUGCAUCACGGUACUGUAAUUUGUAUGACUGAGCUUUUGUAUUUGGGAUGCCCAAGUGUCCCUAAUAGUCCUAAAGAUCCAUGCGCAGAAACUUUUAAUGUGUACAAAUACUUUUUCUGUAUUUUACUGGAUAAAAGCCGUUUCGGUUUCUGUUUGAAAUAAAGGAAAUUGUUUUAAAUAUG